AGGAUGAACUGGAACAUUGGAAGCAAGCAGCCAGCGAGGGCCAGCCAGAAGCCCCACCCAAUGGCAGCAGUCAUCAGAAGGCAGCAGAAGAGCUGCUCCGCCAAAAGGCAGUGGCACUGGAGGAACAGCUGGCUGCAAAAGAAAAGCAGCUCAAAGAGUUCGAGAAGCAAGCACAGCAUGAGGAAGUUCCGGGCAACAUUCGUUCGGUACCUUCUGCACUGCACGGUUCGCUCUUUCUCGGACCAACACUGUCUAAGUUGGAAGCUGUGCAGCGACGAGCCCUGGUGAUAGGUUGCAACUACUGCAGCUCCUUUGCUCCUUUACAGGGGUGUGCCAACGAUGCAUGGAACAUCCAGUGCUUGCUGCGGCAGUCCCUGCAGUAUCCAGAGAGCCAGGUCCGAUGUUUGAUCGACUUCUCGGAUUCGACUGCAUCACCUCCAAAAAGGCGUCCCACGAGGGAGAACAUCAUCGCAGAAUUGCAAUGGCUAACUCAAAGUGCAAAGCCCGGGGACAACGUUCUCUUUUACUUCAGUGGCUACGGAGCUCAACAACCAGAGUCUCAGACUGAUGGGCUCUACGAGGGGCACCUUGUGCCAAUGGACUUUGCAGACAACUUUCCAGAGGACAUUGUACAUGAACUGAGACACUGCAAUACCUCAGCGGACUCGCGCUUGUCGCCCGACUCAGCUCAAAGGGCUGUUCAAGCCGGUGGCUACCGUCUGGUUCCGAUGUCUUUAAUCACUUCUGCUCUUCAUUCCCUUCCUCCUACAUGCAAGGUUACAAUACUACUUGACUGUUGUCAGAGCUCUGUUGUUCCACUGCUACGGCAUUCUGAAGCUCGCUCGCUUGGUCCUGGUCCAGGGCCACCUCUCUUCAAGAGGCUCGCUCCACAUGUUCAGGAGAUCCCAGCAGAUGCUGUCUCGUCUGCGAAGAUACGGCUGUUGAACCUACCACCUUUGCCUGGUGGACAUGGCUUGACCAGGCAAAUUGUGUCUCCAUCAAGUUCCCCCAGCAGAUCUUCAACGCAUGCCUCACCACACCACAUGAGCUCUCCAGCUUCUGAGGCACAGCCUUCACCUUUGGAGGCAACUCAGCGCCAUGGGAAUGUGGCCCGUGGUGGUCCAUCGUGCAAAUGCUACAGCUUUGCAACCUGUCAGAAUGACCAGGUUUGUUGUGAGCUACCAAUCGAAGGGUGUGUACAGGGUGCUGGGACAUGGGCCUUUGUGAAAGCUGUUGCCGCUUGCCAUUUUAGUGUAUCGUUGGCUCAGCACAGCAAGGCAACGGACAGCAUCUUGCAAAACUUACGCAGAAAGUACAGGUGGAUACAACAGACCCCUGUGAUUCAGCUCUCCGCAUCAGCUAAUGUUGAGGACACACUGAUUCUCCCGUAGCUGGCAGAAUGCUGUGUGUCUGUCUGCGCUGGUGGAUUGAUCGGUUGGCCAUGCG